UCUCUCUCUCUCUCUCUCUCAUUCUCUCUCUCUGUCCCUUCUCCCUCACUUGCCGUGUCUGUGUGUGAAUGGGCAUCAAUGAGUGAAUUUGUGUGUGUGUGUGCAUGUGAGAGCGCAUGCACACUGCUGCUGGCAGCUUUAGCCCACCGCGGCGUAGAAGAGAAAAUCCAAGGUCAGACCACAGUGUGAGGGCGAGAGAGGGAGAGAGGGAGAGAGACAGGGAGAGAAGGGAAGCGAGGGUGACAGACAGCCAGGGAGAGGGAACGAGAGAGAGCGAGAGAAAGGGAGAGAGGAGCACGCGAUUUGUGGGAGAACAUCUCCCCGCCUGCGUCAGAAAGGCUACGGACGAGGAAAGGGGUGGGCUGAGGGGGGAGCGGCUGUCCUCGCAUCCUCCUCGAUGUACGGCGUUUGUGGCUGCUGUGGGGCUUUGAGACCCCGGUACAAAAGGCUCGUGGAUAACAUCUUUCCCGAGGACCCCGAGGACGGCCUGGUAAAAGCCAACAUGGAGAAGCUGACCUUCUACGCCCUCUCAGCCCCUGAGAAGCUGGACCGGAUCGGGGCGUACUUGUCAGAGAGGCUGUCCAGAGACGUGGCUCGACACCGAUAUGGGUACGUGUGCAUCGCCAUGGAGGCCCUGGACCAGCUGCUGAUGGCCUGCCACUGCCAAAGCAUCAACCUGUUUGUGGAGAGCUUCCUGAAGAUGGUUCGCAAGCUGCUGGAGGCUGACAAGCCCAAUCUACAGAUCCUGGGCACCAACUCGUUUGUCAAGUUCGCUAACAUCGAAGAGGACACGCCCUCCUACCACCGCAGCUAUGAUUUCUUUGUAUCCCGCUUCAGCGAGAUGUGUCACUCGACCUACGAAGACCCUGACAUCCGCACAAAGAUCCGCAUGGCAGGAAUCAGGGGCCUGCAGGGGGUGGUGCGCAAGACAGUGAAUGAUGAGCUACAGGCCAAUAUCUGGGACCCGCAGCACAUGGACAAGAUCGUCCCGUCACUGCUGUUCAACCUCCAGCAGGGCGAGGGGACUGAGAGCCGCUCACCGUCACCGCUGCAGACCGCAGAGAAGGAACGGGAGCGUGAGAGCCCGGCUGAGCUGACAGAACGUUGCUUCAGGGAACUGCUGGGCCGAGCAGCCUACGGCAACAUCAAGAAUGCUGUCACACCCGUGCUUACGCACUUGGAUAACCACUCCCUGUGGGAGGGUAAGACCUUUGCCGUCCGCUGCUUUAAGAUCAUCAUGUACUCCAUCCAGUCCCAGCAUUCCCAUCUCGUGAUCCAGCAACUACUGGGCCACCUGGACGCCAACAACAAGAACUCGGCGAUGGUGCGAGCCGGGAUAGUGGAGGUACUGCUGGAGGCAGCGGCCAUCGCUGCGAGCGGCUCUGUGGGUCCCACGGUGCUGGAGGUGUUUAACACCCUCCUCAGGCACCUGCGCCUCAGCGUGGACUACGAGCUCACCGGCUCCUACGAAUCCUGCAGCAACGUCGGGGCCCGAAUCAUCAAGGAACACGAGGAGAGGAAGCUGCAGGAGGCUGUCAUCAGGACCAUCGGGUCAUUCGCCAACACUCUGCCCACAUACCAGCGGUCCGAAGUCAUGCUCUUCAUCAUGGGCAAGAUCCCAGUUCCUGGGAUGCACCCAGUGCCAGUGUCGACCAAAUCUGGUUUGCAGGGCAGCCGGAUGAUUCAGGUCAUGCUGCUGAAGUCACUGUUACAGGUGACCACAGGCUUUCAGACCACCAACAUGCUGACGGCUCUGCCCACCUCGUUCCUGGACCCACUGCUGGCCUUCACCCUUUUGGAGGAUGCUGAGAUCCGCCUACUGGUCCUGGAGAUUCUGCUCAGCCUCAUAGAUCGCCAUGACAACUGGCCCAAGUUCAGCUCCAUCAGCAUCUUCUCUGAUAUCUCCGUGCUGAAGCUCAGGGUGGACAAGUGCUCUCGGCAAGACAACCUCUUCAUGAAGAAGCACUCCCAGCAGCUGUACCGGCACAUCUUCCUGGCCUGUAAGGAGGAGAGCAGCACCCAGCCACACUUCGAGGCCCUGUACGCCCUGCUGGCCCUCAUCAGCGUUGAGCUGGCCAACGAGGAGGUGGUGGUGGACCUCAUCCGGCUGGCUCUUGCUCUGCAGGACCUGGCACUAACCAAUGAGGAGACACUUCCUGCGUACAACCGCUGUGCCGUCCACGCCCUCUCCGGCGCCUACCUGAAUCUCAUCAGUCAGUUGACCACUGUGCCCGCCUUCUGCCAGCAUGUGCAAGAGGUGAUUGAGAUGCGUCAGAAGGAGGUUCCCUUCUUCCUACCAGAGGACGUCUUCGUGGAGAAUCCCAGGAUCCCAAAGAUCCUGGAGAAGCCGGAAGGUGACGUGCUGUUUCUCCAGAGCAAGAUCACAGAAGUGCUUGGGGGCAGUGGCUAUAACACGGACCGGCUGGCUACUCCUUAUAUCCCACAACUGACCGAUGAAGACCGCCUGUCGAAGAGGAAGAGCGUGGGGGAGACCAUCUCCCUGCAGGUGGAAGUGGAAUCCAGAAACAGCCCUGAGAAAGAAGAGAGGACUCCAGCAGAAGAGAUCACAUUCGAGACGCUGAAAAAUGCCAUCGUGGACAGUGUCGGCGUGGAGGAGCAGGAGAGGGAGCGCAGACGCCAGGUGGUGGAGAAGUUCCAGAAGGCCCCCUUUGAGGAAAUAGCUGCCCACUGCGGUGCCAGGGCCACACUGCUGCAAAGCAAACUCAAUCAGAUAUUUGAGAUAACCAUCAGACCACCCCCCAGCCCUUCUGGGACCAUCGGCCCAGGAUACGGGCAGACCCAGAGCCGCUCGGUGCCCGUCUACGAAAUGAAGUUCCCUGACCUCUGCGUGUACUAGCGGAGGGAUCAGAAGGUGGAGCUGCGGGGAGAGUAUGGGGGAGAGGGGGAGAUGAGAAGAAGGAUUCUUCUCAACCUCCUUGUUUCCCUCAGAUGGGACUCGGUCCAUCUCAGCACUGUGAAACGCCUACGGCGGGCGGCACCAUCAACCCCGGAACAUUCCGGCUGUGUGAAAAAACAAGCGUUAAAGAUGUUAGCCUCUCAGUCUUUGAAUGAACCAAGGAGAAAGACAUGACAUUCUCCAAAGGGGUUCCCUCUCUGGGCUAUGGGCCAGGCCUCCCCUGCGUCUCUCUCCUCCACCAUCCUCUUCUUCACUGCAGUGACUCUUUGUCUUCAAAUGCAGAGGACGUUGAUAAUGCCUCCUAUUAGCUAUGUGUGACAGAUGAGAAUCUAAGUGGCUCGCAGAUCCCAGCAGAUCCCUUGUGACCCCUGCAGAUCUCUUAUGAUGCCUGCAGAUCCCUGGUGAUCCCUGCUUCCUUACCUAUCUCACAUUGAAAAUAGCUUGGUUUCACCCAGUACUAUAACAUUACACUAUAAUGUAUAAGAUUAUGGCCAAAAUAUCUUUUUUGAUUAUUUUGCAUUUUUUUUAAUUAGUAAGUUUUUAUAAUUAUUUUAAAUUAAUGGAUGUGGAACCACUGAGGCCAAGCUUUCAGAAAUUAUGUAAAGCUGAUUUAAAAUAGACCGCCCCUCCCCUCAAAGGGGGCUGACUAAAACACGCAGCAGGUUAUUAUUAUUUUCAUGCACCGCAGCCGCCUCACCUCUGGAAAGCUGGGUUCCAGUCCCUACCCCCAGCCCAACAUGUGGAGUUCACACCUUCUCCCAGGUUCCUCUCCAUUCUCCAGUUUCCCCACAGUCUUAAAAACAUGCUGAGAUGUAUUGGAGUUGCCAAAUUGUCCGUAGGUGUUAAUGUGUGUGUUUGUACCCUGAGAUGGGUUGGUGCCCCAUCUUGGAUUAUUCCCUGCCUUGUGUCUGUUGUUCCUGGAAUUGGACCCCAGUGAUCAGUGGGUAUGGAAAAUGAAUGAAUCGAUUCAAUUUAAUGUGCCCUGCAAGUCAUGGCAUAGAUACAAAUGUAUGGGGCAGGUUGAAGUUAUACGUAUAACAAGGCUGGUGCCAGAAAAUUCAUUCCCCCGGAGUCAGCUAGGUAAUGCAGAGUUGGUAGCCAAAUAGCUGUUAUACUCCAAGGGGAGAAUGAUGUGCUGAAACGUCAUCUGCUGUUCAGCCUGUGCUACUUCCACUAGCUUUUUUUGCUCGCUGUUUUGCAGCGCCGUACACGAAGACUGUAGGUCACUAACAAAGUAGCGUUUAACGUGGUCUUGGUAGUGAGAUUACGAGAGAACCACGAAUGUCAUUUUAAUACGUGAGCUAGAUACAAUUUUCAGAGCAGAUCGAGUUUUUGUAGCAUUUUCCAAUGAAGGUAAACGAGCUGACCCACAACCCUGUACUGGACAAGUAUUUGGAAGAUGUUUGGAUGGAUGGAUAUCUCAUAGGGUCACACAUAAGAAUAGGUCUAUAUAAGUAUGUAUAUGUGUGUAUAUAUUUUUUGUCUUAAUCAAAUAUUUGGAUAAUACUGGAAAUUAUAAAUGUAGGUGUACAGUUAAAUAGACCGUAGAAUCUAACCAGCAUGAAUGGAAAAGAGAUGCGUAUGUGAUGGGAAUCUGAAGCAGGUAGUCUAAGCUUCAGCUGAAGGUGCAGUCAUGACAGGACAGGCUUUGGCCUGUGGCGAAGGGACACCCCCCCUGAAGCGAGGGGGUUACGGCGCCGCUGGAUCCAGCUAGUGACGUCACUCAGGAUUCACGACCAUUCUGUCUGUCGGGGAAACGGCACCCAUCCUGCAGGACCCCGACAUCCCCAAGCGAAUCGAGACGUUAAAUGUAGUUUGCGAUGUUUUCCCACAACAGAAGGAGCAAAAUAUGGCAAUAAGUUUGGGGUACAAAGCUGCCCCUGUGUGUUAGUGGCUCUCAUCGACAACUCAACACGUACACGUUCUUUGGCAGAGGGGGCUGCCCCAGCCUCUCUUACUGCGGGUGUCUUCUGGGACUGAAACUUAAAGCCAGUCGUUGGAAGUGUGCCCCCUAGUGUCUGUUUUGCGUAAAUAUGUGUUAUUUGUGUCCAUUAGUGUAGUUCAGCUGUUUGUCCAAGGUUCCUGUGCAUUCGAUGGGAUAUUGUAUGUCUUAUAGUAACUGAUCGUGGAGUCUGUCCCUUUCCCCACUCCGCCGCCCCCCUAGAGUCUUGUGGGUUUUUCCUGUGAUCUUUGCCCUUUCCUCUUCGUUUCAGGAUAUUGAAGUCCGUUUCGGUUGUCUCUCUGAAUGUUAUGCUGACUGCGUCAGAUCAGGUAUCACCAUUUUGCAAGUUCGACGACGUUCUCUAAGCUCUUAGGAUCCAUAACAAUGCCUUAUGUAAAUAACCGUACAUGUCAAUCAUAAAGAUGAGAAAUGGUACCUCCUAUAUGCAGCUUUGAUUGUAGAAAGUGCCAAAAAGGGAAAAUAUGUACAGGGAGAUCAGACCAUGAAAACUAGCUGAUAAAAGCCCCCCUUUCAUCUACGACGUGCUCUUUGUGGUCUUUUGAGCGAAGGAGCAGUCUGGAUAGUAGCAUGUGAGACUGGUGACUCGAAGUAGUCGUGUGUCUUACUUCCAACAAGGAUGCUGCACGGGAGCGAAGCUGAUCGCCGCCGACGUUUGUCAGGCUUCAGUAUUGUAUUAUUAUGAUUUUCCCACCAUCUAGUUUCACUGGCGCCUGUCACGGCUUGUCGGUCUUGUAGACGUAAAGUUGACGUGUAAAAAUCUUGUUUGUGGUCUACUUUCCUACUACUACCUUUUAAUUUAACAAGCUGUCUGCCGCGUCCUGUGUUCUUAUUUUUCCCGUUACAUUAAACCUCCUAUGUAAACAUGCGUUUAAUGUCCCUGAGUAUUGAAUGUUUACCCUGGAUAUUUAAUCCGAUAACUCAACAUAUCCUAUUGUUUGCAUUUAUGCCUUUUCAUACCAUGCAGCUGAAGUAAUACUCAUACUGCAGCAAAAAUAACAUUAUGGCCUGGAUUCAUCGUAACUUGCCUUGUAUUUUUAUUGCUGUGUUGGUUUUCUGCGUCUUUGUGAAACCUGCUAAUUCAGUAACGUGAAUCACUUGAUGGUGAUGAAUUCGCUCAGUCUGACAAAAGCUGCAGUAGUUUGUUUAAUAUAAGGUAAGUAAAAUGAAAUAUAUUACAAACCAGGGAAUCGUAGGGUAUGUGGAACGUUUCUUUAGAGAUGGGUCAUCACAGUGAAUGUUGCAGUGCCGAAAGUCAUUGCAGCUCGGUGUCGCAUUGAGGACCCUGCGUCUGUACAUUACUGCCGAAAUAAUGUGUAUAAUUUCAAGAAAAUAAAAAACGGCGAUCUUUUUGAAA